CAGCUUUAGGCCGUCCCUGCCUCCUUGCAGCUCCCGGCUGGGAGAAUCAGAAACCUGUCAGGCGGGUUUGGUCAAAAUUCUGUCUUGCAAGUUCCUACGGCUUGCUCCUAUCUCUUCCAGGUGGGGAUCACUGAGGACCGAGGCCCCUGGAGGUCCAAGGCUGGCCAAGUGGCCAUGCCAGACACAGAAGAACAGUAGAGGUCCUAGGCUUCCUCACAGCCAGUGCAGAGCGGCCAGCAUUACAAGGAGUCAUGGACAGCUUCAUGGAGUCGCUGAACAGACUGAAAGAGGCCCAUGAGAAAGAGGUCCUGGGCCUGCAGAACAAGCUUCUAGAACUCAACUCAGAGCGGUGCCGAGACGCACAGAGGGUAGAGGAGCUCUUUGCCAAGAAUCACCAGCUCCGGGAGCAGCAGAAAGCACUGAAGGAGAACCUGCGGGUGCUGGAGAACAGGCUGCGGGCUGGCUUGUGCGAUCGAUGCAUGGUCACCCAGGAGCUGGCCAGGAAGAAGCAGCUAGAGCUGGAAAGUGCACACCUGCAGAGCCUGCAGCAUCUCUGCGUCCUCACCAAUGAGAUGAAUGUGCUAAGGGAGGAAAACAAGAUCCUGAAGGAAGAAGUGAAGAGGCUUCGGAAUCUGGGAGACAAGACCACACCGCAGACCUGGGAGGGCACCUCAGAGCCCCCGUCACCCUUGCCACUCCCCUCCCCCAGUAACCGGAAGGGUGCUACUGAGAACCCUCCAGGAGGCUCAGAGGAGGCUGAGGAAGAGCAGGGCACAGAUAAAUUGUCAAGCCACAAGACAUCCCCAGUGGCCAGAGUCUCCCCAGCUACCAACCUGCUGGAGCCACGGACCCUGGACAUGACCCCUCAGUGCAUCUCCAACCAACUGCACUCAACGGUAGCUGUGGUGCGGCCUGGCUCUAGGGCCUGCCCACCAGACAGUGAUACUGCCAAUGGGACGCCCCCACCGCCAUCCAUGAGGAGCAGCCCGUCCAGCCCCACAUAUGAACACGGUCUCCCUGUGGACAGCUUCUUACGGGCCGCCCGGCCAUCAGCCAUAGCCUAUGAGACCCUGAAGCACUCCCUUCAGACUGAUCGCCUCUGCCUCCUGAACCGACAUCUGUCUCUACACCUACAGAGCCCCCACAGCAGCCUCCUGACUCCUGCUGCAGCUCCCAAUAGCCCCCUGCCCCGGGGCCUGAAGGCUAGAGAGGCUGAGGCAUGGGAGGAGCCUAGUGCCUUGGUGGGCGUGCAGGACCCACGGCUGGAAGGAGCAUUGCACCUGCUUCUGGUCCAGCAGCAUCUGCGGGCAAGGGCACGGGCGAGCACUGCCAGGCUGAGGGUCCCGUCUGCACCGAAAGAGAUGCCAUCUUCCCCACCAGCUGACUCAGAUUCUGAGAGCUCUGACAGUGAGGCCCCCAAGCCAGUUCUGAGCACAGAGGCCCAGCCUGAUGGGUGGCAUCCUCCGCCCAUAGGCCAAAGUAGCUCCCAGAGGAAAGAGACACUCGUAGCCACUCAGGACUCCCCCCCAGACAAGCCUCUGGACCUCUCUGACAGAGGACGGUGUCGGGACACCUCCAAGUCGACUGGCCAACCUUUGCCACUCAGUCCUACUCCUGACCCCCAGCUGCCCGCCUUGUCCAGACCCCUGAUUCUUAGCUCCCAUACUCUCAGCAAUGGCAGCACAGAGACCAGAGCUCAGGAGUCUGAAGAAUACUCUACUCCCAAGGAUACCUCGCAAACUCUCUCAGGGAUCCAUGUAGGCCUGACCUCUCCUAGGAGAACUGCAGAGGAGCCUGGAGGAAGACCAAGGCCAGGACCUCACCUGCAGAGGCCUGAUGCUGAUGGAACCACAGCACAAAGGCCAGAGCUGGAGCAACUGGGAGAGUCAGACGCAUCAGACACCAAGGCGGGCCUGAUUUCUGAAUCAAGUAUCGAGACAAGCAUAGCAGGGGAGGGACAACACGCUGAGGACCUUCGACGGGGUCAGCAACAGAAGAGGAAGCGGGCAUCGGACCUGCAGGACAAAGCCCCCAAGAAGCCAUCCCAAGGGAAGAGGAAACCAAAGGAACCCCUGACACCAGCAGAUGGUCCCAGGAGCCCAAGGGACACGGAGGACUACAGCCUCUCCCCCAUUAACAGCUGUCGGGAGUCCUAACUCUUCAGACUGAGGGACGCUGCAUUUGCCCAGAGGUAGCUGUCACAGACUGUUGCCUGCACAAGUCAAGCCACACAACCUGAAGAUAGCUCAGAACUCCGCCUAUGUUCGGAGGGGCUGGUGAACCCGGUCUCCUCUCAGGUCUGGGGGGGGGGGAGGGGCAGCUCCUCCCAUUUCCAAACUUGUAGGAAGGCGGGGCUACACCUGGAGGCAGGGCAGGAAAUAGGGGAGUCCCAGCCAAGCUCUGCUUCAUUUUCUGAGCAACGCCCCCACCUCCUGAGGUCCCAGAUCCUGCAGACUUUUCCAGGCCAGGAAGGAAGCUUCAGUCAUCGGUCGUGGGCGCCCCCUUGUGGAGUCUUGGUAAAUGCAGCCUGCAAAGAGGAAGAAAAAGAAGGCCAUGCGCAGAGUACCUGGUCAGAUGUGAGAGGCCUCAGAGAAGACUGUGAAUGCCAAAACAUGCAUCUGGCAGAGCUGAGGUCAGAUGCACUGACCCAUUUAGGCAGGUGAUCCAGGAUUAGCUGGAUCCAAGGACAGGAAGACAGAGCAAAAUUAGCCCCUAUGUUCUGCAGACCCCCUGUUCACUGUUAACCUGGUGCUAGUGAAGCGGGUCUCUGAGCUUAAGAUUCAGCCCUGGGUCACUGGAUCCUGACGUUAUUGAAGAAACUUAGGGGAAUCCCUGUGUGUGUGAAAUUUAAGAGUUGCCAUUUCCAGGACAAAGACGAGCUCUACCUACAGAGCGCCCAGUCAGGGUCCAGUGUGGGGUAUCAAGGAAGGAAGAAGUGGCCUCGGAGAGGUCAAGGAAGGUGGCACCUGAAGCCAAAAUUUGGGCUUUGAGGGGUGAAUAGAAGUGUGCCGAGCAGGCAAAGUUCCUAGCACGCUCUUAUAAGCAUCUAGAUGCUCACCAAAAGGUCAGGGUGAAGGCCAAGGAGAACUCACUUGACCAUAACUGAGUGAGAAAGGCCGGAGCUGGCCAAGCCAGGUAGAAAGAACUACAGCAUCAAACUCCCAGAACUGGAGAGGCUGUCACUGGGGCUGGGUGAGGCCCAGGCUUGACGAGGUACCAUUCUCCACUGAGCAGACCUCUCUACCCGCCACCUGAGAGGCCAGAAGGACUAAAUUCCAAGGGACAGCCAGCCAGGGAUGUAUGUGUAUAUGCAUGGGUGCAUAGGUGCAUGCAUGAGAGUGUGUGUGUAUGUGUGUGUUCAAACGGUUGCAAGUUUCUUGAGCUUUGAAAUUGAAUAAACACAAGCGGUAAUGUUCUAUUCACUCCGA